UUAAUUUUCCUUUCUUCCUGUAUUGUGAAGCAGACCUAAAUCUAAGAAAAUGCAGAAAGCUAAGAAAUAUGACUGGAAGGACUCCAACAUGGCCUUGUUUGGUUCUGAUACAGAAAAGCAAGUUAAAAAGGAAUCAGCAGAGAGUGAGCCAGCCUGGCAGGGAUGUGGCCAGGAACCAGGUCUUCAAAUCUGGAGGAUUGUGAAAUUUCAGGUAACAGAAUGGCCAAAGGAAGACUAUAGUAAAUUCUACGAAGGAGACUCAUACAUUGUUCUCAAUACAUACAAGAAGGAAGAUGGUGAUGAACUGUUAUAUGAUGUUCACUUUUGGAUAGGAAAGCACAGCACACAAGAUGAGUAUGGCACUGCAGCUUAUAAGACUGUAGAACUUGAUACAUUCUUGGAUGACAAGCCUAUCCAGCAUAGGGAAGUUCAAGGCCAUGAAUCUACUUUAUUCAAGUCUUACUUCGAAAGUAUUUCGUAUAUGAAGGGUGGAGCAGACACUGGUUUUAGGAGAGUUGUGCCUGAGGAAUAUGUUCCGAGAUUGUUCGAGGUGAAAAAAGAAGGGAGGAAAAUAUUCUCAAAGGAGAUUGCCCGUACUAGGAGUAACCUCAAAAGUGACAAUGUGUAUAUUAUUGAUGCUGGACUUACAUUAUACCAAUGGAAUGGAUCAAGUUGCAGUCAUGAUGAGAAAUUCAAGGCUGCCCAAGAAAUGCAAAAGAUUGACAGUGAAAGAGGAGGCAAAGCUAAAACAGUAUGCCUGGAGGAAGACAGUAUCUCACCUGAACACGCAGUUUAUGGUUACCUUGAUGGAGAGGAUGAUGAUGAUGAUGAGCCAGAUGCUGAUGAUGAUGACGCUGUUGUUCUGAAGAAGGUGUGUGAUGCUGACGGAACCUGUGACCUAGAGGACGUGAAAGAAGGGGAAGUUAGUAGAGAUGACCUCACGUCGGAUGCUGCAUAUUUGGUACAUAAAGACAAGCAUUUGUUUGUUUGGAUUGGUACUGAAGCAUCUGUUGAUGAGAGACGUAAUGCGUUUGGAUAUGCUCAUAAAUAUUUGCAAGGAACAUCAGUCCCGUGGACACCUGUUACUGUCGUAGCCGAGGGUAAGGAAAAUGAUUUGUUCAAAAGCUCGGUACCAGGAUGUGCUUAAAUGUGAUGUUCAGUCAGCAAACAUUAAAAUAACCUGUUUUACACUCUGCCAAGUUUCUUUAAUCCACCUACCAUACUUGGAACUGUUUAUUGUCAGUUUUGGGUAUAUCAAGUUAAAAAUUCUAAUAUAGCCAGCCAUCAGUAUAUAGACAGGUCGGACGGCAUGGAUGUGCUUGGCUGGCUGAGG